AUGGCCAAGGGUGCUGACAGCUAUUCUCCCGGCGACUCCGCCAAGGGUGCUAAGCUCUUCGAGACCCGCUGCAAGCAGUGCCACACUGUCGAGAACGGCGGUGGCCACAAGGUGGGCCCCAACCUCCACGGUCUCUUCGGCCGCAAGACCGGUGAGGCCGAGGGCUACGCCUACACCGACGCCAACAAGCAGGCUGGUGUCACCUGGGACGAGAACACUCUGUUCAAGUACCUCGAGAACCCCAAGAAGUUCAUCCCCGGUACCAAGAUGGCCUUCGGUGGUCUCAAGAAGGGCAAGGAGAGGAAUGACCUCAUCACCUACCUCAAGGAGAGCACCGCUUAG